AUGAACAGCCUAAAUGCUCCCAUGAAAUGGCACAGGGUUGCAGAUUGGAACAAAAAUGAACUCGCUUCUCAACGUGGCUCAGUGAACAUCACUGAGCUGAACGUGCUGCAGCUAGAAAUACUCAAGAACCAGCUGGACCAGGAAGUGAAGUUCUCGUCCACAUCCAUCACCCAGCCCAGGGUGGUACAGACCAAGUAUGUGGAAGCCAAGGAAUGUCUGAACAUGCUGAAUAAGAAUAAAGGGAAAGAAUUAUUCAUCCCAUUGACGAGUUCUACGUAUGUCUCUGGGAAACUACAUGAUGUAGCACAUGUACUCAUCGAUGUGGCAACAGGCUACUAUGUAGAAAAGACAGCUGAAGAUGCCAAGGACUUUUUCAAGAAGAUAGACUUCCUCAACAGGCAAAUGGAGAAAAUCCAGCCAGCUCUGCAGCAGAAGCAUGGCAUGAAACAGGUUGUCAUGAAGAUAAUGAGCCAGAAGAUUCAGCAGCUCACAGCUCUGGGGGCAACUCAGACUACUGCCAAAGCCUGA